AUGGCGCCUAUCACUCAUUUCCUCUUCGAAGAGAUGGCAAGCUUCAACUUCCGCCUCGAAAGCAAAACGUAUACCAAAAUGGAGGAAGUAGGUCUUACAAUCGAAACAAUCCUUCGAACUCUCGAGCUUACGGAGGAACCUAACAAGUACAACUUCUUUCUGCUGGGCGGGUUGGAAAGGAAGGCACGCACAUUCGUCGAUAACCCGAACAUUCUCAACUGCUACGAUCAUCACAAUUAUAAGUCGCUAAUUACGAUUAUCGUCCGCUAUAAAAGCGACCCAUCACCUUAUGACGCCCAGGCACCUAGCGCAAUGGAAUCGCUUGAUGAAAGACGAGCCCAAAGUGGAAUAGAUGAACUACAAAACCCGGUUCUCGAUCCAAAGCGCUUCCUCGAGCUAUUUGAGCUUCGUGGCACAUACAUAGUGUGGGGGGAGCCCGCAAAGCGAGGGCAAGAUGGAUCGGACAGCGUACCUCAUCGAAUUAUUUGA